AUGCCCUCCGAUGGACAAGGAAGAAAUGACGCGCCGCAGGCAGCGACACGGGAUACAAAUGUCGGAUGGUAUGACCCGCCAAUCACCACCGUGGCAGAGCCGACGAGGGAACUUCUAGAAGGCUAUGCUCAUUUCCCACCCGACGAAGUAACCCCCCGAUUGGUGGACAUGCGAGACAAAAUGUGGCAGGUCUUCCCCUUCCCCUGUGUCGGCCAGUUCCGGUUCGUGGACCUGCACCUCCACCGCCAGGAGUCCUACCAGAGGAUUCUCGACAUCGUCAAGAAUGGUGGUCGCUUCCUCGACAUCGGAUGUUGCUUCGCACAGGACAUGAGGAAGAUGGUGCUCGAAGGCGCCCCCUCGUCGAACAUGUACGGCCUCGAGCUGCACGCCGGCUUCAUCGACCUCGCGUACGACUUCUUCGGCGACGCGGCCACACUCGCCGCCCGCUUCAUUGUCGGAGACCUGAUGGACCGGUCCAACGAUGAGCUGCGGACCCUUGAGGCGACCGUGGACGUUGCCCACCUCGGCAUGGUGCUGCACCUCUGGGACCUCGAGGGCCAGAUCCGGCUCUGCGAGCGCGUCAUCGAGUUAAUGAGCCCGGCGCCCGGCUCCAUGGUUGUCGGGCACAGCGCCGCGCGGGUCGAGGCCGCCGAGUGGUUCAACCCGGUCGGGAAAACCAUGUUCAAACACAAUGUCGAGAGCUUCGCCGAGAUGUGGGACGAGGUGGGCCGCCGCACCGGAACGAGCUGGAAGGCGUCUUCAUGGCUCACCUUACCGCCUGAAGAGAGUCGGCAUUGGGAUGACCGCCUGGCAAGGAAGCUGAUGUUCAAGGUCGAGAGGCUUUAA